AAUCAGUAGAGGCUAGAGGCUACAGACACGUCGAGUCGAGGUGACGUGUCGUGGCAUCUUUCUGUUUUUCGAAAUUUUAUUCGCGUCAAAAUGAUUGCGUUUAAACGGGAUAAAAAGGAGGAAGAAGAUGGUGGUGGAAAUCCUUUUCAAAACUUGGAAAAGACUACGGUUCUUCAAGAAGCGCGUACAUUUAACAAUACACCUGUAAACCCAAGAAAAUGCGCCCAUAUUCUUACCAAGAUCUUGUAUCUGCUCAAUCAAGGUGAACAAUUGGGCACGAUGGAAGCCACGGAAGCCUUCUUCGCUAUGACUAAACUAUUUCAAUCGCGCGAUGUCAUAUUGAGACGAUUAGUUUAUCUGGGUAUCAAGGAAUUGAGUUCUUUAGCCGAGGAUGUAAUUAUAGUUACUUCCAGUCUUACGAAAGAUAUGACGGGAAAGGAGGAUUUGUACAGGGCCGCUGCCAUCCGGGCGCUUUGCACCAUUACCGAUGGUAGCAUGUUGGCGGCCAUCGAACGAUACAUGAAGCAAGCCAUAGUCGAUCGUUCGCCGGCUGUAUCCAGUGCCGCUCUCGUCUCCUCUCUGCACUUGACGAGCGUGUCGGGCGACGUUGCGAGGAGAUGGGCAAACGAGGCGCAAGAGGCAUUAAAUUCUAGUAACGUGAUGGUUCAAUAUCACGCUCUGGGUGUCCUGUACCAAGCGCGUAAGACGGAUAAGCACGCGGUGAUAAAACUGGUCGCUAAACUUAUGAAGACAAGCCCAAAGAGCCCUUAUGCGGCAUGCAUGUUAAUUAGAAUGGCGUAUAAAUUAUUGGACGAGGUAGACGAAGGCGAGGAAUUGAUAGGCUUCAUCGAAUCGUGUCUACGUCACAAAUCCGAGAUGGUGGUGUAUGAGGCGGCGCACGCUCUUGUCAAUCUCGGUCGAAGCGGCGCCAGGGAGAUCGGGCCUGCGAUUAGCGUCCUGCAAUUGUUUUGCGGCUCGCCGAAACCGGCGCUUCGAUUUGCCGCCGUUAGAACUCUGAACAAGGUUGCGAUGUCUCAUCCAGCGGCAGUCACGGCGUGUAAUUUGGAUCUGGAAAAUUUAAUUACAGACUCGAACAGAUCGAUUGCCACUUUGGCGAUCACUACUCUUCUAAAAACUGGAGCGGAAAGUUCGGUGGAUCGUUUAAUGAAGCAGAUUGCUACAUUUGUAUCGGAAAUUUCGGAUGAAUUUAAAGUAGUUGUAGUCCAAGCCAUCAGGGCUCUGUGUCAAAAGUUUCCUCGUAAGCAUGCAGUUUUGAUGAAUUUUCUUUCCGCCAUGUUGAGAGACGAAGGCGGACUUGAGUAUAAAGCGGCGAUCGCUGACACUAUUAUAGCCGUAAUGGAAGGGAAUGCGGAAGCCAAGGAAGCGGGGCUCGCGCAUCUCUGCGAAUUUAUCGAGGAUUGCGAACACAUUUCUCUCGCAGUUCGCAUUUUGCAUUUACUCGGUCAGGAAGGUCCAACGUCGAAGCAACCCUCGAGAUAUAUCCGUUUCAUUUAUAAUCGCGUUAUCCUCGAAAGCGCUAGCGUGCGAGCCGCAGCUGUUACUGCUUUAGCGCGUUUCGCCGCCGCUUGCCCGCCUUUGCUCCCGAACGUCUUGGUGUUACUAUCGCGCUGUCAGUUGGAUUCAGACGAUGAGGUUCGCGAUCGUGCAGCUUACUACUGCACCAUCUUACAGCAGCAAAACGAUCCAACUAUGCUGCCGUUGGUACAACCACCCGCGUUGUCCGUGCCGAGUCUAGAAAGAGCCUUGCGAAAUUAUAUGCAGACACCUAUGGAAGAAUUGUUUGACAUUUCUCAGAUACCUCCAGCUCAGACGAUAGAGGAACCAGCUCAAGUGGAAGUGCAUACCACUAUCAAGCAACCUCGUUUGACCAGAGAGGAAAGCUUUAUGGAAAAGUUAUCACAAAUUCCACAUUUGGCUAUAAUUAUUCGAGAUACGUCACUCCUUAAAUCUUCGUCGGUAUUUGAAUUAACCGAAUCUGAAACGGAAUAUAAUGUCAAAUGUAUCAAACAUACAUUUCCCGAGUAUCUCAUUCUGCAAUUUGAUUGUAUCAACACUCUUUCUGAUCAGCUCCUCGAGGAUGUAGUAGUAGCCGUUGAACCUUCUGAAGGCUAUUCUGUUGUAUGUGUGGUACCAUGUUCACGAUUACCUUAUAACGAGCCAGGAACUACUUAUACGGUAUUAAAAUAUCCGGAAGAUGUACAUGCGAGCGUAGCUACUAUUCCUACGACUCUUCGAUUUAUGGCGAGAGAUUGCGACCCAACGACAGGAAUACCAGAUGCAGAUCAAGGAUACCAUGAUGAGUACAUGUUGGAGGAUUUAGAGGUGACUCUAGCCGAUCAAGUACGCGGCGUUGGUAAUAGAGGCUUUGAUUUUAAUACUGCUUGGGAUACAUAUGCUGCGAAAGGAUUUGUCAAGUUAGAGGAAACAUUCGCCUUGGGAGCUUCGGUAACUUCUUUGGAAGGGGCGAUUCAAAGUCUUACAGGAUUUUUGGGUUUGGAGGCUGUGGAACGCAGUAAUAAGGUACAAAGCGGAGCGGCUGCACACAAUUUGCUUUUAAGCGGCGUCUUCCGAGGCGGAAAAGAAGUAUUAGCACGCGCAAGAUUAGCAUUGAACGGAACACAAGUUACAAUGCAGCUAUCUGUUCUUUGUCAAGAUCCAGAUGUAGCUGAUUUAAUAGUUUUGUCUGUAGGAUAGAUUACAUAGAAUAAUUUUUAAUAUGUUAUUCUUUUUAUUUUGUGUCUUAGAGUUAAUAUCUAUAUUACUUGACUUUUCAUCAAGGAGUACAAUAAUCAUUAAACAAUCUUCUAAUGAAUACAAAGCAACAUUGAUACAUGUUUUGUGUUGAAGCGACUUUGGUCAAAUUUUGUACUAUACAGAGUAGUAAUCUGCGUUAUUAUGAUAACCGCGAAACAUGAUACUACAUUUAUGUAAAAAAUAAAAGAUAAAAUUUUCUCAUGCAUGAUUUUAUUUUAAAAA